AUGUAUAUCUCAAACAUUCUGUCGCUUCUGCCAAUCCUGGGUUUGGCCAAGGCCGCGGCUCUGCCCGAAUACUCAGCUCCGGCUCCAGAAAUUGAUGAGUCAACCGUCUACGAUGCUAUCAUCGUCGGUGGUGGUCCUUCUGGAUUAAGUGCACUGAGCGGCCUCGCCCGUGUGAGGAGGAAUGUCCUCUUGAUCGAUUCCGGUGAAUACCGUAACGAGGCGACGAGGCACAUGCACGAUGUGAUCGGCUUGGACGGCGUUACUCCGGCUUACUACCGCUGGCUUGCGCGAGAAUUAAUAUCCGACUACAAGACAGUGACCUUGACCAAUGGCACAGUGACGGGGAUCCAGGCCGGGAGCAGCAAUGUCACUUCCUUCACAGUGCAGGCAACCCUGCCUUCAGGCGAGAAGACGCUCACAGCGAGGAAGAUCGUCCUCGGAACAGGUCUGAAAGACGACCUCCCCAGCACUCCCGGUCUUCAGGACAACUGGGGCAAGGGUAUCUACUGGUGCCCCUGGUGCGACGGAAAUGAGCACGCCGACCAGGCCCUCGGCCUCCUCGGCCCCCUGGAGGACAUCCCCGGGCUCGUGCGCGAGGUGGCCACCCUGAACAGCGACGUGGUGGCCUUCGCCAACGGCACCGACACGCCCGAGGCGCGCGCCGCGACCGAGGCGUCCUUCCCCGACUGGGAGGAGUACCUGAAGGUCGCCAACGUGACCGUGUACAACCAGACCAUCACGUCCAUCACGCGCCUCAAGGACGGCCACGACGCCUCCGCGGACCCGAGCCUGGCCACCUCGCCCGAGUACGACCUGUUCCGCGUGGACCUCGACGACGGCACCUCGGUCGAGAGGGCCGCCUUCUUCGUCUCCUUCCCGGACGAGCAGAAGUCGAGCGUCGGCGCCGACCUGGGCGUCACCCUGUACGGCGACCGCCUGUAUGCCAACCAGGACAAGGGCCUCACCACCAACAUCCCCGGCACCUACGCCAUCGGUGAUGCGAACUCGGACAACGUCACCAACGUGCCCCAUGCCAUCUACACCGGCAAGAAGGCGGCUGUCUACGCGCAUGUGCAACUCGCUCGCGAGGACGUCGCGGCUCAGCUUGCGGCUGCCAGGAACAACGGCACCGCCGCGGCCGAGAAGAGGGAGGAGUCCGCACUUGACCCGCGGGAUGUCUGGGAGCGCAUGAAUGGCCAGCCCGGAGACCUCCUGUAUGCUGGGGAGUUCUGA